AUGUUGAGCGAAAAUAGAUGGAAAGUGAUAUUGCUCGUUGCUGCGUCCGUUGCGGCUGUCGAGUCGAGCCGCGCGCUUAGCAUAGUCUACCAAAAACCUAGAACAAGUCCUAUGUUUGUACCAAAACAUCUCUACAGGCGCUCGAAACAGUCUAGGGUGUUGUUCUUGGAUGAGGAUGAGAACAAUCAACCAUUUGGACGCGGUGAGAUAGAUUUAACUACAGAUAAGUACAGUUCAAAGAUAAAGUUCGAUGAUAGUACGGAUUACGAGUUUACAUCAUCUGAAGACGCAGCGAGUUCAACAAAGACACAAGAUAACUAUCCUCCAUCAGGAAACGAAAGGUUCUAUGAACCACUGCCACGAUUCCGACCUCCUCCAUUUCAAGUGUAUCCUAAGUAUUACCAAGGACGUUUCGGUCGUCCUUACGCGCCGAGUUAUGGCUUCGAUCCGUAUUCAUUUGCUCCCGCAGUGCGUAACGGGUUUUAUGGGCCUACUAGUGGUUGGAAAGCACGCAGUCCCCGUGUUGUGUUUCCGUAUGCUUCGGAUAGCAUUAACUCUGUGCAGACUAACUCUCACGUCGGCCCAAACUUAAGCGACAAUGUUGUGUUCCGUGAUCAGAGCAUUGGUAUUAAUGACAUCGGUGCGGAAGAACAAAAUUUGCAGGACAUCGGGACGGGAAGUGCAGAUGCUUUCGCAGAGAGAGAUGCCAAUGACCCACAUCGAGCUCGAAGCAACGAAAAGGCAAUUGAGUUUAGAGAAAAUAAGUUCAUAGUGCCAUUGAAACUAGAAAAACCUAUGUUUAUACAAACAGAAGUCACGAAAACUAUGCAAUAUUUAAAAAGAUACGAUCUUAAUGUGUAUCCAAAUGAAACAGAAAUAGCUGUGUUACCAAAGUUCAAACCGAUUUCAGACGCUCAAAUGAUGAGAAUUAGUGAAAUUUUGAAAGAAAUAUCGGAGAGUACAAAUGUGCAUAGUACAAAUAGGUUAAGAAAAGGACGUCUAUUAGACAGCACUGCGCAUGCGAGCGCUGCACAACCAGAAAUUGUAACAGAAAGGGUUCAAGAGACAUUGGAAAGACAAGAUGAUAAAAAGUGCUUCCAAGGUGGAACAUGUGAAUUCUUUAUGUACUGUUGGAUGGUUGGCGGAUUACUAGAUGGCUCUUGUGGAGGUUUGCUUAAAGGAUGCUGCCAUAGAAAUUCUAAAGCCGGAAUACUUGGUGUCCAAGACUCAAACAGUAUAGAUUACGCAUCGAAUGAAGGACUGAGCUAUGGUCCUGUUAUAAAUGAUGAAAGUUGUGGUAUAGCAGUAAACAAGCAGACAGCCCAGCGGCGCAUUGUUGGUGGAGAUGACGCUGGAUUUGGAACUUUCCCCUGGCAAGCUUACAUCCGAAUUGGAUCCUCCAGAUGUGGUGGCUCCCUUAUCUCCCGGCGCCACGUAGUUACGGCAGGCCAUUGUGUGGCACGGGCUCAGCCACGUCACGUUCGAGUGACCCUUGGAGAUUACGUCAUCAACUCUGCGGCAGAACCUCUUCCUGCAUACACGUUCGGCGUUCGAACGAUCAAAGUACACCCACUGUUCAAGUUUACACCACAGGCUGAUCGGUUCGAUGUCGCCGUGUUGACGCUCGACCGGAACGUGCAUUAUAUGCCGCAUAUCGCACCAAUAUGCUUGCCAGAACGAGGGUCGGAUUUCCUAGGACAGUACGGUUGGGCUGCCGGCUGGGGAGCUUUGAGUCCAGGGUCAAGGUUGCGUCCACGAACACUGCAAGCGGUUGAUGUACCUGUACUGGAUAACAGAGUAUGCGAAAGGUGGCAUCGAGCUAAUGGUAUAAACGUUGUCAUAUACCCGGAAAUGCUUUGUGCUGGUUACCGUGGUGGGGGGAAAGAUAGCUGUCAAGGAGAUAGUGGAGGUCCCUUAAUGCUGGAGAGAGCUGGAAGAUGGUACCUCAUCGGCGUAGUCUCAGCUGGAUACUCCUGUGCUAGUCGAGGCCAACCUGGCAUCUACCAUCGUGUGGCACACACAAGUGAUCAGAAGAGGCUCUCUAAAUCAUUGGAGCGACCAGAGGUAUGUGGAGCGGGCCCAGGACCGGAUCAGGCCGACACUGUCGCAUUUUGGCGUGGUCUGUGGUCAGAGCCCGUAAACCACAGCGAGGGCCCUUGGAUGGAAGUUGUGGCGAGCCAGAGUGCAAGUGUUACGCCUAUGGACCCCGUCACCAUAACGCCUGAAGACGUGGCUGAGGCGGUCCGUAGGGCCCCGAACUGGAAAGGUCCGGGGCUCGACGGGCUGUAUCAUUACUGGCUGAAGGGGUUCGUAGUGUGUCACGCUGUGCUCGCCCGACAGUUUCAAGAGGCUCUCGAUCAGAAGUCGCUCCCGAGCCUCUUCACUACUGGGAUCACUCAUUUGGUUCCUAAAUAUCAGGAUACCACAGACCCGAGCAAAUACCGCCCCAUCACGUGUCUACCCACCAUAUAUAAGACACUGACAUCCAUUUUGAGCUCGAGAAUCACUCGUCACCUGGAGCUAAAUCAGGUGAUGUCACGCGCUCAAAAUAGAUGCCGGGGCGGUGGUCGUGGAACCAAGGAACCACUCCUCAUUGACGCGGUCAUUAGCAAAGUGGUGAAACGCAACCGUCGGAAUUUCUCCGCCGCCUGGAUAGACUACAGAAAGGCAUUCGACUCGGUGCCCCAUACAUGGCUAAAGAGAGUCCUCCAGCUGUACAAAAUUGACUGUACAGUUGGAGACAUCCUCGAGCAGUGUAUGGGGCAAUGGAGUACGAUCCUUUGCUAUCUGGGCGAGCGGAUGAUGGCUGCGGAGAACCACAUAAGGAUAAGAAGGGGGCGAUUGUCUGAGUCCAAUCUGUUUUGCCUCUCCCUGAACCCUCUCAGUACUUUACUGGAGGGCUCCGGGAGGGGAUUUCAGCUUCGGAAAGGAGGUACAAAAGUGAUCCACCUUUUCUAUAUGGAUGACCUCAAGUUAUUCGCCUCCAGUCGCUCCCAUCUUAUGGAAUUGCUAAACAUCACUUGUGAAUUUAGCAGUUCUAUUGGAAUGGAGCUGGGAACGGAUAAGUGUGCGGUCCUCCAUGUUGAAAGGGGAAGGGUUGCUAACUCUGAGGGCAUAUACUUUUCUAUGCCCGUCAACUUAAGGACCCUUUCCGAGGCUGAAACAUACCGAUACCUGGGUAUGUCACAGAACAUCGGUAUCGAUGAGGCUGGUAUGAAACAGUCAGUUUGCGACGUGUUUUAUGCACGCUUGACCAAAGUGCUUAACAACCUUUUGUCCGGUGUGAAUAAGACACAUGCAUAUAACGGUGGGGUCAUGCCUGUCCUCAUGUAUACCUUUGGCAUACUCAGGUGGACCCAGACUGAACUUAACGCCCUGGAUAGAAAAGUCCGCACUACCAUGACGUCCCAUAGGAUGCAACAUCCGAGAUCGUCGGUAAUGAGGCUGUACUUGCCGCGAAAGCAUGGUGGACGUGGUUUUCUGAGCGCGCUCACCAUGCAUAAUCGCGAAGUGUGCAGCCUCCGUGAUUACUUCCUGGCGAGAUCGGAUGAUCCAUUCUAUAAUGACGUCAUUUCUAGUGAUAAAGGGCUUACCACUCUAUCCUUAGCCAACGAGCAAUGGCAGGACCCAGCAGUGCUUAGCAUUUUCGACCGGGAGACCGUAUGGAAGGAGAACGAGCUCCACGGGAGGUUCUACAAGGCUCUACAUGAGCCUUUCGUAGACACAGUAGCCUCAGUUCCACUGGCUACGCAAUGGCGAUCUCUUCGGGGAAACCGAGGGACCGAACUUGUCUGUGCAAUACAGGAUCAGGUUAUUAAGACCAACAACUAUCGGAGAUACAUCCUAAAGGAUGGCACCGUGGACAUCUGUCGAGCUUGUCGCCAUCCCGGUGAGUCACUUAGGCGUGUCAUCUCCGGUUGUUCGGCGCUUUCUAACUCUGAUUACUUGCACAGGCACAACCUAGUAGCCAGAAUUCUUCACCAGGAGCUCGCUCUGAAAUACGGUCUCGUGGAUCGGAAAUUGCCGUAUUACAAGUACUUGCCGGAAGCCGUGCUCGAAAAUGAUCGCGCCAGGCUCUAUUGGGACCGGGCCAUCAUCACAGACAGGACUAUUCUUGCGAAUAAGCCUGAUAUUGUGCUGAUGGACCGGGUACAGUCAAGGAUAUUUUUGGUCGACAUUACCAUUCCGUAUGACGAGAACCUCGUGAAAGCCGAAACACACAAGCAAACAAAAUAUCUGGACCUGGCUCACGAGUCAGCCUCUCGGGUCAUCUGA